AAGAAUGGCCAGGCCAUGAGCAGCUUAGUUUCUUGGUCUUACCAGUGGAAGGCUUGCCAACAUUUCUGAAGAAAGCCCUGGCUGGCUCAUUCUUCUCUAUAUGGUUGACUGCUGUUUCUUCCGGACGAAAGGAGCAGAUUGGUUAGUGAAGAAUGCUGUCAGAAGGGUAUCUCAGUGGACUUGCCUACCAGAAGGACAUCCACUGGAGCUGUUCAUCUUACAAUGAGCAGGUGGCUGAGGAGAAGGAAGAAGAGACAAAAUCUGUUACUCAUUCCUACUGCUCGGUGGAUGAAACCCAAGUCCGAAGUCUGUAUGUGAGCUGCAAAUCCUCGGACAAAUUUAUUUCUUCAGUGCAUUCAAGAGAGAGCCAACACAGUAGAAAUCCGAGAGCCACAAUGCUGCAGACGAACCCCAACCCUGUGUUUGAAAGUCCCAAUGUGGCUGCGGUCGAAAUAUGUAGAGACUCCAGCCGAGAGACCUACUUGGUCCCACCUUCCUGCCAAAGUAUUUGCAAGAAUUACAAUGACUUACAUAUUGCAGGGGACCAGGUGAUGGCUAUUAAUUCAGUGACAACAGAAUUCCCCCCUCAGAGCAGUUUUGAAUACGGCCCUUUGCUGAAAUCAUCUGAGAUUCCUUUGCCCAUGGAGGAUUCCAUUUCCCCUCAACCCAGCUACUUUCCCCCAAAACCUAUCCAGCGGUAUUCAUCCUACUGGAGAAUAACCAGCAUCAAAGAGAAAAGCAGCCUGCAAAUGCAGAAGCCUAUGUCUAACGCAGUGCUGAAUGAAUACCUGGAGCAGAAGGUGGCCGAGUUAUACCAGCAGUACAUUAUGGACACUGAGUUUCACGACAGUUCUCCCACCCAGAUCCUGGCAUCUGAACUCAUCAUGACAAGUGUGGAUCAAAUUAGUCUCCAAGUGUCUAGAGAAAAGAAUCUGGAGACCUCCAAAGCCAAGGACAUAGUCAUUAACUGUCUAUUACAGCUGGUAUCAAGUGAAAUCAGCACACCUAGUCUCCAUAUUUCUCAGUAUAGCAACGUGAAUCCAUAGAGAGGAUGCCUCUCAACUACUCCAAGCUAGAGCAACACUUUCUUCAUUGAGUCCGAGAAUGUGCAGGAGUUGGGUGUGAAGCGCAGUCCAAAGCUAGAGAAGUAAAGGUUGGAUGGAGGUCAGGUGUGAAUUCAGAGGAAAUCUUAACCAUUACAUGUGAUGAAGGCGUGUGGAAAGAGGAGCCCUGAAAUUAGUCUUUAUGGUUGUUGUACAGCAACGAAGCAAAAAUAAAACCGACCCAAGAAGAAAAGGUAUGAUUUAAAGGAGUACAGAAGUUUAAAAAGAAGCCAAGCCAAACAAGAACAUACACCAUGGGAAAACAAAAAGCCAAAGGUUUCAGGGUCAAGAGUUAAUGUUUGUUAAGCAAAUAAAUUCCUCCAAGUUGUUUCUUCUUGAGAAGAAUGGACUAUAGAAGGGUGCUAUGUUUGGGUAGAAAGACCGGUUUCCAACCGUUGUGAAAUUCUAUUUCUAUUUCUUUUCUCCAUUCUUUAUCAGAUCAUUUAAAAUCUAUAUAUUCUUUAUAAACAUUCGAAGAGUAGCAAAUUGCAAUUGUGGUUUUUUUUUUAUAUUUUUUUAAUGAUUACUUAGCUAUGGCCACUCUAACCUUCUAGUUCUGUUUACUAGUGAAGAUGAAGUUUUCUAAAUGGAAAGUAUCACAUCAUGAAUUUUUCUUUUUAAGAUCUUAUUUUUAAGUCCUCUCUCCACCCAACUUGGGGCUUGAACUUACAACCCUGAGACCAAGAGUCGCAUGCUCCACCGACUGAGCCAGUCAGGUACCCCUCACAUCGUGAAUAUUAAAAUAAUUCCUUUUAUUUUGCUACAUAUGAUUUUCUUGGUGGUACUAAGCUUCUAAAGAAGUUAUGAAUGUCAAUUCCCCCCCCGCAAUCAUUUUUUUCCUCUACUUUCUCUUGACCCUUCUGGAGCCAGGAAGGGGUCUUCUGCAUCCUCCAAACAAGGUUACAAGCCCUAGGGGACCAUCAUAGCAAAUUCUGUCAACUCAUGCCCUAGAAUGGUAGCUUCAUGAGCACCUCACUGCUCUACCCCAUUCUUCUCGCUUAAGGGAUGGCAAAACAUGGCUCACUGGCCUUAUCUAGUCUGCUGCCUAUUUUUUAAAAUUAUGAUAUAAUUGACAUAACAUUACAUUAGUUUCAGGCGUAUACCAUGAGUUAAUGUAUCAAUUGCAAAAUGAUCACCAUAAAUCUAGUUACACCCUUUUUGAACCCCCAUGAGCUCAGAAUUUCUUCUAUCAUUUAAAAAUGGAAAAACCGGGGCACCUGGGUGGCUCAGUCAUUAAGCAACUGCCUUUGGCUCAGGUCAUGAUCCCAGGGUCCUGGGAUCAAGCCCCGCAUCGGGCUCCCUGUUCCACAGGAAGCCUGCUUCUCCCUCUCCCACUCCCCCUGCUUGUGCUCCCUCUCUUGCUGUGUCUCUCUCUGUCAAAUAAAUAAAUAAAAUCUUUAAAAAAAAAUAAAAAUGGAAAAACCAUCAAAAAGUAUUUGACAUGUGGACUUAAGAUACUCAAAUUCAGUGUCCAUAAAAUCAGGCUUUACUGUAAUUCAGCCACACCCAUUCAUUUAUGUAUUGUCAAUGGCUGCUUUCACACUCGAAUGGCAGAGCUGGAUAAACACGACAGAGAAAGUAUGGCCCACAGGAGUCUGAAACACUAUCUGUCCUCUUACGGACAAAGUUUGCCAACCAUGCUCCCCAGUAGGGCCUUGCCCAUACAAUGGUUGCUGGACUUAAUUGAGCUUCCUUGGGAAGGUGACGGAGAUGAAGCCUGAGGCAGUAGCUUCCUGGGGAGUGAGGAAACAGAAAAGGUUUCCACAGAGGUCUCAGGCCAUCUCAGGAAGCUCUGGAGCUGGGAUGGCCCUUCAAAAUGGAUCCAAAUUGAAAUUAGAGGGUUGGCUGUGGUUCUCCAUCUUGGCCAGAAGGGGGCAUAACUUGAGUUGAGGCAGUUCAGUUCAGGGCAACAUUCUCCAAGUGGGAAGUAGUUGCUGGGGGAAGGAGAGCCUCAUACGGAAGCAGUGAUCCGGAUGGAGCAAAACAGCAUCUUCUACAUUUGUCACUAUUUUUAUAAAUUAAAGUUUUACAACAUAUAAUCUUGAGUAAGGAAACCUGGUUUUGAAAUGAUUAUUCAGAUAUUUUAUUCAGUUUUAAAUUUACGGAAGUAAUAGCUGCUCUUAUUAAUUGCUCGGUAUGUGUCUGGCACCAUGUUAAGUAUUUUGCACGAAUUAUCUUACAGAAUCCUCACCACCUAUGAGGGCAAAUGCCUAUUAUCCCUUUUUUCAGAGAUGAGCCCGCUGGGCUCGGGGAAGUUAAGUAAUUUGUGGUAGGGCUAACAGUGGGUGGUGUACUUGGAUUUGAAUCCAGUUCUAUUGAAAUUCAAAGUCCUGGUCCUUAAGUGCUACCACCUGCUCUCCUGUUGACCACCAUGUUUUUUCUCAUUAAAGACUGGUUUUCCUCUCCAAAGGAAAAGAACUCAAUCCCUUCACCAUCACGCUACAUCAUCUUUUUCUUCAUUGUUUCGCUUGAUUAUAUUUGCACGUCUUCAUCCCCUCCCAAGAACAUAAGCUUUGAUUUACUCAUUUGUUUCUCCAGGUCUCAAACACUAUUUACACAUAGUAGGCACCCAGUUAACGUAUGUCAAAUGGAUACAUCUGGUGGUCGAAGUGAGAAACCAUCAGUAUGAAAACCAACUACUUCUGACUAGAAUCAAGUGCUAUUGAGAGUUCCUCCUCAAGGAGAAAAAUAACUGAAUAAAUGAGCUUAAUUUCUUCU